AUGCUUUUUGGAAACUCUACUCGCAUCACUCCAGGCAUUAUGAAUAUUGGCACUGUCACUGAACAUAGCCUAGAUGACAUGUCAUCUGCAAAAUACUCAAAUCCAUUCGCUCCCAUCACUCCUUCGAUGUUCAACACCGGGCUCGACAAAGAGAGCAGGCAAAAUGGUAUUCAAGCCUUUACAAAAGACGCUGCAACUACAACAGAACUAAGAGAAGUUGCUCAACGUAUCAUUCACCUCCAUUCAUCAAGAUUACUGUUCAAUUCCGUUCAUGGAUGGAGGAUUCAGGCGCAAGGUACUGCCGGGUGCCCGAGUGCCUUGUCUCCUAUUGAAAUCAGAGAUACAGACAAAGGAAAUAAAGAGAAAGUCAGAAGCUCGCAAGUAAAGUCAGUUUCGAAAUUUGGUCACUUUUCCUGUUUUCCCAAGAAGAAGGCACUGGGUCCGCGCAAAUCUGUGCAUUUUGAUCAAGAAUUAGAGCGCGUUUGCUUCUUUGACAAGACUGAUUUACCACGCAUAAUUGGCUUCUCUGCUUCUCAUGAUAAGUGCAAAUCACACGCUGAUGGUGACUCGGUCGUCAAGGGUAUUUUGUAUGGGCACAAUUGGACCAUUUCUACCCCAAACUUUCCCCAGAAUGUCUCGGCACGGAGGUCUAUGCCUGUGAGAGUUUCAACAAUCUAUUUCUCUGAUUAUCGCAAGGCUUUGGCUGUAUUUAUUGCCGUAGAAAACUUAGCUUUUGAGAAGUCUGUUACUUGUCGCUUUACCAGAGACUAUUGGAAAACAGUUUCUGAAACACCAGCACAAUACUAUGGUACUGCAGGCAACAGAGGGGGGAAAAGUUACGACAAGUUUGUCGUAAGCAUCGCCUUUGCGAAGGAUGAUGAACUCGGCGAUAGCCCAUUCUUUUUCUGCGUGAAAUACGCUGUGAACGAAGAAGAGUAUUGGGAUAACAACUCAGGGAUAAACUUCGAGGUUGAUUUUCACAACUGCAAAUAG